AUGGUACCACCUCCACGAUCCGGUGCAGCGAGUGUUGUAGUCAAAGGCCGUCUCUACGUCUUUGGGGGAUACGGCGGAGGUACAGGCCGACUGGAUGACUUCUUCCAGUACAGUUUCGAAACUGGGCAAUGGGACGAAGUCAAAGUGCUUUCCGAAGCAAAACCAGGUCGUCGCGAGAACAACGGUGUAGUAAUUUCGGAUAGUAGCCGAUCCAUUUAUCUAUUCGGCGGAUAUAAUGGAAGCUCUUGGUUAAAUGACUUGUGGAAGUUUGACAUCGAAAGUCAGCGAUGGACGUGCAUUCAAGAAUCGUCAGAUCCGGACCGAGCGGAUGACGCAAACGCGGCUUCAGGGGAUGUUCCUGCCGGGCAUCAAGUAAGAGGCAAGGCUCCAAGUCGUCGAUUUGGUUACGUAUCGGUUGUUCAUGAAGGGAAGUUUGUUUUGUUUGGGGGGUUUGACGGCUCACGCUGGUUAAACGACAUGUUUGAGUUUGAUUUCUCCACCAAAACUUGGUCGGAAAUCGAUGCGAAAGGUUCGCUACCGAGUGUGCGUUCCUGUCCUGCAUGGGCCAAGGAUGAGACACAUGUUUACAUUCAGGGAGGAUAUGACGGUGUUGAGCGUAAGGCUGACUUUUUCGCUUGCGAUUUGGCAACCUACACGUGGACCGAGCUACCGUGCUAUGGAACUCCUCCUUCUCCAAGAUAUUUUCAUUCCUGCUGCCUGUACGGUAACAAAAUGUACUGUUACGGGGGAUACUCCGGAAGUGAGCGGUUGGCGGACAUGUUCGCAUACGAUUUUGAGACGAAUCAUUGGGUCCAAGUCGAUUGCUCCAGUGGAGAUGCUCCCAGCGGGCGUUCGUCUCUGGUAGCACAGGUAUACGAAAAUUGCCUCUACGUAUUUGGGGGCUACAAUGGAGCUACGGUACUCAAUGACUUCUACAAAUUCCGGCUAAAACCCAUUUUAAUGCCUCCACCUACGCUCGUUAACGACUUUUCCAGAAUGAUAAACAAUCCUGACCUUUCCGACGUGCGAUUUCUGGUCGAGGGUAAAGACGUUUUCGCUCAUCGCUCUGUUCUGGCUUUUCGUUCGGAGUACUUUCGGGUUAUGUUGUGUGGUGGCAUGAGGGAAAGUUUGGCUCGUCAAGACGCUGGGACUUCUUGUGUGCCCAGUCACGACCUUCAAGCAAUUGACCUUCCAAAUGUAUCACACUUGGUCUUUUUGAAAGUUCUGGAAUUUCUAUACACAGACUCAGUAAAGGACGUCUCACUUGAGACCGGUAUAUAUCUGCUCAUUGCGAGUGAGCAGUUUAUGCUCGAUCGGCUAAAGGCCCUCUGCGAAGAUUUGAUUAGGAGAGACAUUCAAGUUGAAAAUGUUAUUGGUAUAUUGGCCGCCGCGCACAGCCACCAUGCGGCAGGGCUCAAGGAUAUCGCGUUAGAGUAUAUUAUGCGAAAUUUGAAUGAUCCUGUGAUUAUGGCAGGUCUCGCUGACUUGAAGUCAGAGCCAGAUUUGCUGCUGGAAAUU